AAAUUUAAAUUAUCGCAUUGUAGUAAGCCGCCGGAGUCGUCUCACUAUUUUUCUUUUCUAUUUUAACUUAUCUACAUGUACUACAAUGUCCUUCGCUUUUAAAUAUUUUAUUAGCAUACUCGUAGCGAUACGCAAUUAAUUCUGAUGGCAAUUUCCAAGAAUCAAAGCGUAUGGGAAAACACAGUCACAAACGACUUUUAUUUAACACUUUUUGACAAUCAAGCCAUGCACAUAAUUCAUAGAUGCGCACGCCUUGAUUUAAUAGCACAACAACAAGUCCAAUCCAGUGUCAAGUGUCUUGGGCGCAAAACCACUUUUGCAGCUACGAUGACAACAUUCUAUAACACACCUUUUUGUCCAUUUCCUAGUCUCUAUCAUGUACAACCAGGGGGUACAGAGAACCAUAUAAAUACAGGUCUCUGUCCGUCUUAAAAUUUAGAAUUAGUUUCACAUUCGCAUAGAGCUAGUCUAUGUCCGAAUUGCUAAGAUUAACUUUUUCUCGGGCAGCUACUUAACGUGCUGUCCUCAAAUUCUUAUACACUUGUUUUUAUUGUAACAAAUUAUAACUUUAAUUUUAAUAAACUCUUGUAUUAACAUUGUGUCUUUGUCUCACUUUUAAAAACCGUAAUCUUUUCCCAACAACUUGAUCCAACUGCAGAUGUCAAGCACUCAUUUAUAAACGAUAGUGAGAGAUCACUACACGUUUUUGUGUCAGGUGUGGGGUCACCUGAAAGAAGAAUUUUGGUAUCCAACCCAAAAUCAAGUACAUCAGCGGACCUCGAGUGUGUCAACAUCAGGAUCAACGGAAGGAGAUCACGGAUAAGUUGCGACAAGUCAACAAAUCGAGCCUAGCAGCGAAGCGAGCCGCAGCGCAGUUUUCAAAGCAGGACAACCACAGGGCCAGACAAACAAUGAACACUUUACUAAUAAUGUUAAUGAUACCGUUCACGUCGGGAACAUUAAGAUUCACAGACGAACAUUUAACUCAACAUUCCGGUAUCUACUACGAAAAUCGCGGACCGUUGAAACUUAUAACCUCUCAAUGGGACCUUACUGCAUAUAUUAGUCUCACUAAAUAUAACGAACAAUUUGACUACAUAAAUACUAUGAUUGAAAAAACAAAAGUAUUAUGUGUUACACAUAUGCAUAACCCAGUAACAGAUAACUUUAACUGUAACGGUCUACUUACUGUAACCGAUGACAUAAUUAACAAUUUACAACAUCAAAAGACACAAGUUUUAGAUUCUAUAGGACACGUAAUUAGUAAACGUAAUGCUCUUCUUAAAUUCGCAGCAAAAGCAGCUAGGUUAAUUUAUGGAAUAUGUAACUUAGAAUGCAUAAAAAAGUUUAACUUUAACAUAGGAGUAGCACAAAAUACCUCACAAUCUAAAUUGAUUAAAGAACAAAUUAAAGUGGUUCAACUAAACCAUGAUAUAGGAACAAACAAAUAUGUUAAUAUGUCAUUAGAAAUAAACGAAUUAACAAAUAUUACAGAUGAACAACAGGUUAAAAACUACUUAACAAAACAUUUUAUACAAGUUAAUCUAUUAAUUACAAAACAUAUAUUGGAAACAAAUACGUUACUAGAAAUAAUACAUCAAGCAAAGAUAGGAGUUAUUCACCCAAGUUUAAUAACUCCACAGGAGUUAUUAGAACACGUUAAAGAUAUUAAAGUAUCAUUACCAGGGGGAACUGAUUUACCCACUGACUUAAUCAUAACUAACAUUUAUGAACUGGUGAAACUCUCAGAUAUUGCUAUUUAUUAUGCUAACGACAACCUAGUUUUUAUAAUUUCUUUACCUUUAAUUUAUCAAAAUGAUUUUAUUUUAUAUAAUUUAAUACCUGUACCAGUAUGUACUGGCAACGAUUGCGUUUAUAUAAAACCUAUUAAUAAGUAUCUAGCUAUAAGUAAGUCUAAAGAACAUUAUGCAACCUAUGAUGAAUUUUACUAUACUCAUUGUAAACACGCUAGAGACUUCCUAUUAUGUCCUGAAAUUAAUCCUUUACAUCCUCGUAACAUUAGACCCACAUGCGAAGUAUUACUAUUACAGGAUCCACCAAAAGUUCCAACCAAUUGUGAAGUAAUGCAUGUUCAAAUCGGUACAACUAUCUUUCAUAAAAAAAGAUUCAAAAAUGAAUGGAUAUACGUAACCAACUAUGACGUGUUAUUCGUUACCUGUGAUGAAGACAAAGAAUCAACAAGCCAUACAAUCGAAGGAGUAGGAGUAAUACACUUAAACGAAACUUGCAAAGGUUUCGCCACAAGAGACAUAUUAUUACCAGGAAAAAUUGAUUACAGAUCUGAAUACGCAGAUUUUAAUCCAAAAUCAAUAAUAGAUCGUAACCAAUAUUCACCACGAACAGAGACUAACGGUUUAAUGAAAGACUAUCAUGUAAAAACAAAUAACAUGGACGACUUACACUUAGUGUCUAACUCAAAAAAUCAAUUGGACAGUCAAAGCAAAAUCAACAUAGAAAUCAAGGAAAUUCAAGACAUACAACAAAUGUUUAACUAUGCAUUAUAUAUAACCAUAAGUUUUGUCGCUAUAAUUAUGACACUGAUGAUAAUACACAGCAUAAAGACGAAAUUAACGGAAAAAUGCAAAACCCAAUUUUCAGAACAUACUCAAGAAGAAAGCCAAGAGCUUAAUCCACCAGUAACAAGAAAUCAAAACGAAGACAUAAUUGAAUUUCCACUUACAGCAAGAAAUAGCCCGGAGCCCCACUAUGCAAAUUUACAACCUUACGGUUUUAAGUAAGAAAGUCGGGGACUUCCAGCUUCGAGGGGAGGAAUGUAGUAAGCCGCCGGAGUCGUCUCACUAUUUUUCUUUUCUAUUUUAACUUAUCUACAUGUACUACAAUGUCCUUCGCUUUUAAAUAUUUUAUUAGCAUACUCGUAGCGAUACGCAAUUAAUUCUGAUGGCAAUUUCCAAGAAUCAAAGCGUAUGGGAAAACACAGUCACAAACGACUUUUAUUUAACACUUUUUGACAAUCAAGCCAUGCACAUAAUUCAUAGAUGCGCACGCCUUGAUUUAAUAGCACAACAACAAGUCCAAUCCAGUGUCAAGUGUCUUGGGCGCAAAACCACUUUUGCAGCUACGAUGACAACAUUCUAUAACACACCUUUUUGUCCAUUUCCUAGUCUCUAUCAUGUACAACCAGGGGGUACAGAGAACCAUAUAAAUACAGGUCUCUGUCCGUCUUAAAAUUUAGAAUUAGUUUCACAUUCGCAUAGAGCUAGUCUAUGUCCGAAUUGCUAAGAUUAACUUUUUCUCGGGCAGCUACUUAACGUGCUGUCCUCAAAUUCUUAUACACUUGUUUUUAUUGUAACAAAUUAUAACUUUAAUUUUAAUAAACUCUUGUAUUAACA